AGAAUUUUAGUUUUUCAUUAUUUUCAUUUUCUUAAUUGUUGCUGAUCUUUAAUUUGACUUGAUUAUCACCACAAGAUUUACAGAGUUAUAUUAACAAAGAUGAUCCAAGAGUAAAGUGGAAGACACUUGAAAGUAUUUGAUGGAAAAGGUGAUUAGUGAUUUAAAGAUUAAUCUUGAUGCAAAUUUACAAGUGAAAAAAAUACAAUCAGUUAACAAGAUCAACAAUGUUCAAUCAAUUUCAUCUUCUAAUUUCAACACUUCUCCUUUCAUCUUGUUAUGCUCUUGAAUAUCGUGAUUGUGGUAAUGGUCAAGUGAAGGGUAUUAAAGUUGACGUUUGUGACCCAGAACAAGAAACAUGUGUACUGACCAAAGGAAAACCAUUUACAGUUGAAUUGGAUUUAAUUCCUGAGCAUGAUGCAGAUGCAGUUACAUUUCAUUUAUCGUCGUUAGUAUUUGGUUUUCCUGUUGAAUUGCCCGUUGAUGAUAAUGAUGCUUGUGGUCAAAAGCUGAUUGAAUGUCCAGUCAAAGCUGGAGUACCAACCAAAUUUACUUACAUAGGAAAAGUUGAUGCAUCCAUCCCAAUGUCAUCGGUUACCGUUGUUUUCAACUUGAAAAAUGGUGACACCGAAAUCGCUUGCGUUGAAUCUGACCUGGAGCUUCAAGAUCCCCUACCUGUCGAUGAAAAUGAAACUGAAUCUCAAUCUCACCAAGAAUUGUGAUUAUCAUGAAUUUUUUUUUCUUCUCUCAGCAAUUUGAUUUUUUCCCUUUUCGAUAUUAGUAUAUUUUAAUUACGAUCGUACAAAACUUAAUUACAAAUAAACAAUUGUUACUAUCCUAA